CUGCGGACAGAGGAGGAGCCCCGAGCUGGCGGCGUGGGGGCGGGGCGAGACGGCCCUCCCGGCUCCGGGGGCGGGGCCUGACCCGAGGUGGCGCCCCCGGGCUCUGCCCAGUUUUCCGGGUGGGGCGCGUGGGGCGGCCGCGGAGGCGGGGCCUAGAGUGCGGAGCCUCGCUCUCCGCCCGAGCCUGGCGGGAGCCGCCGCCGCUGCCGGAGCCGCCGGGAGCCGGAGCCACAGCAGAGGCCCUGCCGGAGCCGAGCUGAGCCGAACUCGCCGCCUGACACCGGCCGGAGCGCGGGGCCGGCGCGUCUGCCCGCUGCUGGGCCUGGGCAGUGUAGGACGCAGCGAGCCGGACACACCGGCACCAACCCGGCGCGGGAGCCCGGAUCGCCCCCCACCAGGCCUGGCGUGAACAAGCCGGAGGACCCAGGCAGGGACUGGACCGAAGAGAAACGGGAUGGAGGAUUCCGUCUAAGCGUAGCGUGGUCACUCGGGCGGGAGGAGAGUGGAGACUUCGCCUGGCACGGGCAGAGGUGCCCAGCGCUUACUAGGCCAGGCUCGAGCACCAGAGAGCCUGGCAUCCCAGCUGAAGCGACCUGGGCUCUGGCCUCCCUGAACCGAGGACACCGCAUAGCUCCUGGACCUCCGCUACCGCAGCCUGGGCGCCAGAGGCUGUGCCCGCACCUGCCUGAGACGGGGCGGGUCCAAGGUGGGGCUCUCUGGUGGCCCAGAGCUGGUCACCGGGGAGCCGGCCUCCUGCCGCGGCCCCACUGGUACCCAUGUGCCGCUGCCCGCCGGAGCACCAUGACGGCAGGAUGACCUCUGCCGAGGCAGUGGCGGUGGCUGGCGGCGCUCGGUGGGCCGGGUCCGCCGAGUGGCCCCCUGACACCCCGCAGGCCCUUCGGCGGCCUGGCCGGGCCCGGGUGGCCCUGGCUGCGUUGGUGUGGCUGCUGGCGGGAGCCAGCAUGUCGAGCCUCAACAAGUGGAUUUUCACGGUGCACGGCUUCGGGCGGCCCCUGCUGCUGUCGGCGCUGCACAUGCUGGCGGCCGCACUGGCCUGCCACCGGGGGGCGCGGCGCCCCUUGCCCGGGCAGACCCGCCGCCAGGUGUUGCUGCUCAGCCUCACCUUCGGCGUCUCAAUGGCUUGCGGCAACGUGGGCCUGAGCGCCGUGCCCCUGGACCUGGCACAGCUGGCCACCACCACCACGCCGCUCAUCACGCUGGCCCUGUCCGCGCUGCUGCUCGGCCGGCGCCACCACCCGCUGCAGUUUGCGGCCAUGGGCCCGCUCUGCCUGGGGGCCGCCUGUAGCCUGGCCGGAGAGCUCCGGACGCCCCCGGCUGGCUGCGGUUUCCUGCUGGCGGCCACCUGCCUCCGUGGCCUCAAGUCCAUUCAGCAGAGUGCCCUGCUGCAGGAAGAGCGGCUGGACGCGGUGACCCUGCUCUACGCCACCUCGCUGCCCAGCUUCUGCCUGCUGGCCGGCGCCGCCCUGGUGCUGGAGGCCGGCGUGGCGCCGCCGGCCGCGCCCGCCGACUCCCGCCUCUGGGCCUGCGUCCUGCUCAGCUGCCUCCUGUCCGUGGUCUACAACCUGGCCAGCUUCUCCCUGCUGGCCCUCACCUCGGCCCUCACGGUCCACGUCCUAGGCAACCUCACCGUCGUGGGCAACCUCGUCCUGUCCCGGCUGCUCUUCGGCAGCCGCCUCAGCGCCCUCAGCUACCUGGGCGUGGCGCUCACGCUUUCUGGAAUGUUCCUCUACCACAACUGCGAGUUCGUGGCCUCCUGGGUUACCCGCCGGGGCUUCCGGCGGAGGGAACAGCCUGGCAAGGGUCUCUGAGACCUGAUGGAACACAGGGGCCACCCGGGACCGCCCCUGCCCGAAUCCAGCCUCCGCCCGUGGCCACGGGAGAGCGGGCAGCCGCUGGGGCCGUCGGGGGAGACGGGUCUUCCUGCGGGCUGGCUGUGGAGGCUGCGAUGGGGUCUCCUAGAGAGCCCCGGCUCCUCUCCCCGCCUGCCUCUCUUCAUCACAGACCCCACUCACCACUGGGUGGUGGGUCCAGGCACAGUCGCUGUGGUUGUCAGAGUACUUAGGACGAUUAGGGUCAAGUACUGCGCUGAAAAUUGCUGGCUAAGCUCGGAAAACCUCACCAACGUUUUGACGGUGAUGGUGGUGAUGAUGGCGAUCAUUCUUGGCAGUCGCACAAUCCUUCCUCCAGGAAGUGGGGGAGGCAGCUAGGGGGCCCAGGGAAGGGCAUCUUUGCUACUGGGCUUCCCUAGGGAGCUAGGGUUGUCUGUGCCAACUCCAGGCAGCUGCUGUGGCCUCAGCCCUGGGCCCCCCAACGUUGGGUCUUCCGUCCUCAAAUAAACUAUUUUUGCUUGUA